CUGCGCAUGCGCAUACUUUUCCAGCUCACUCACUUCCGAAACAAACCGUGCAAGCUUGUUCCUGAGAAGGUUAGCGCAUGUGUUGCUCUUCUGCGUCAUGGCCUCCACCUCUGAGGAGAACGUCCACGUAGAGGAGGUAGUGGUGGUGACAACGCCGGACAGCUCAGCUCAGAGUCCGUCAGUGGAGGACAUGAAGAACAUGCUGGAGACUGCAGACCUGCAACAGUCUGAGGCGGAUAAUGUGGACCAGAGUUUAGAGUCUGAAUCCAGUCCCGCCAUCUCUCUGCCUAAAGAAGCAGUGCUUGUGAAGCUUUCAUCAGACAUGGACGUGGAGACAGACAUACUUUAUCAAAUAACCUGCGGAGAGAGCAAGGCCGACCUGGUGUGGAAAAAAUUUGUCUGCCCCGGCAUCAACGUCAAGUGUGUGCAGUUCAACAAUCAUCUGAUCAGUCCAAAGGAGUUUGUCUACCUGGCUGGAAAAUCCACUCUGAAAGACUGGAAGAGAGCGAUACGGCUCAAUGGGACAAUGUUAAGGAGGAUCAUGGAUUCUGGCGAGCUGGACUUCUACCAGCACUCGAAGCUGUGCUCCAACACAUGCCGCAGCACCAAGAUCGACCUGGUGGGGACGCGAGCUUCCCUCAGCAGCCAGGCGUCCACCGAGACCGCUCCGACUCCAUCUUCUACUGACGUAAAUGGAUCUACGGCCACGUUUACAACGGAAACCUCAGAAGACGGCACAGAGUGGGUCACGGCUAUAGGAGAGGACACCAUGACGUUCUGGAAAGGUCUGAAGGAUGCUGGGCUGCUUGAGGACAUUGUGGAAGACCUGCAGAAAGAGAUCGAGGAGAUCCUCAAAGGCCUGGAGGAACGCAUCCAUGAACCUCCGCUACAGGUCAAAGAUGCAGCUCUGCUCAACAAUAUUGUUCAGAACUUCGGGAUGCUGGACCUAGUGAAGAAAGUGCUGGCCAGCCACAAGAGCGAAAUGGAUCGCUGUAGAGAACAGUACACUCAGAGCUUAGCAGCUCUGGAGCGUCAGUGUGACGAACACCGCAAGCGCGCCAAAGAACUGAAGAGCAAAUCCCAGCACCUCAACAACGUCCUCAUGAACCUGACCCCUGUGGCCACGCCCCCAGCUCCCAAACGUCCCCGCCUCACCCGCGCCGUCUCCGGACCUGCCUCGGUCAUGGCUCCACCUACUCAGCCUGCCCAGUUCACUCUGCCCUUCACCCAGCUUACAGGCAUCCCAUUAGACAAAUUCCUGUCAGCCAUGGGAGGCUCCGCCCCUAAUCAGGCACCAUUUAUUGGGAGCUAUACAGUCCUGACCUCUCCAGGAGGAGCAGAACUGCAGCCCGACACGUCCAAUCUCACCGUGCUGAGCUCGGAUGUAGCAGGAGGCUCCGCCAUCCUUAAAGUUCUCAGUCCUUUUCAGCUGGUCACGCUGCCCACUCUGGGAACCGGAGCCACGCUGCAGAACCUGGCAGCACCAGCAGGGGGCAGCACCAUCGUGGCGCUGCCUGUUAGUACCGCUGCUGUGGAGACACUGGGAGCUCAAGCAGAUGAGACAGCAGACGGGAACACCGAACAGCAAAGCAAAGAGAGUCGAUAAGAGACUGAUGUAAUUUUCAAAGAAAAAAAUGUUUUUAUUUUUAGUCUAAUUAGAAAACGUCUGUAUGCUUUAUAUAUAAUAUAUAU